CUGGUUGUUAAUUGUUAUUAUUAUUUAUAAAAAAAAAUUGAUUUUGAACUUUAAUUUAAUUAAUAUAGAAAUAUUUGUUUCAAUGAUCAGAACUCCGAUCAAUCUUUUCACUUUUAUCUAUGUGAUUCUUUCAGUCAAUUUUCAAAACUUGAAGAUUUAAGAGCUCAAACCCUGAAUUAAAAAAAUGUUUAUAUUUUUCUUUUGUAUAAAAUAAAUGUAACUGUGAAACUUCAAAGUUGUAUAUAAUCAAUAAUUAGCCAUAGAUCUACAUUUUAAAAAUAAAAAACCCUCGUGUUUAUAAAAACUUAAAAAUGGGUGAUCAACCUGAUCCAUACCAGCACAGUGCAGGAAAUAAAUGUAUUAAUUCUAAAAAAAGAAUGCGUCAAACUGAUAAUCAUUUUUACAAAACUAAACCUAAGAAAUUCAAACAAGAAAAAAUUCAAAAUAGUUAUAAAUCCAAUGAUGAUAUUAUUACAUUAUUUAGACUAGAGUUAGAAAAAAUUUUGAUGGGAUCUAAAGACUUAAACACAAAUAUAGAAGAUAUACAGCCAUAUGGAUCAAGAGUUUCUGGUCUUAACACCUAUGAAAGUGAUGUUGAUUUGAAUAUAAAUUACACUUCAACAACACCUGUCAUAAAAUUAAUAAGAUCAUUUGCUAAUAGUAUUAGUAAAAGCAAGAUAUUUGUUAAGGUUUUUCCUUUAACUCAUGCGAAGAUACCUAUUAUAAAGUGUGUUCAUAGAAACACUUGGAUUAAUUGUGAUAUAUCAUUUAAUAACAUCAAUGCUGUUUAUAACUCUCAACUUUUAUAUCAAAUUAUAAAUAUGGACUAUCGUAUUAAACCAGUUUUAAUGAAGUUAAAGAUUUGGGGUAAAAAUAUUGGUCUUAUAAAUACUAAUGGAUUUUCCAGCUAUUCUUUCUAUUGGCUAGGAUUGUUUUAUAUGCAAGUAAUGGGAAUAUUGCCAUCUAUUCAUGAUUUACAGAAAUCAGAACCAGAACUUAUAAUCGGAGGUUGGAAUUAUUGUGCAUUUUCUAAAAAAGUGCAAGAAUGUUUUAAAAACAAACAUCAAAAUAUUAGUGAAAGUGAUAUAAUGAAUGCAAUAUUUUCAUAUUAUUCAAAUUUUGACUUUGAAACAUUUGUAAUUAGUCCGUACAUUGGUUGCCCACUAAUGAAAAAUUGUUUCAAUAAUACAGAUCAACUUCCAGAAGAAUAUUGGAGGUACAAACAAUUUCACGAAACAAAUAAAAAUAAGAAGUUAUUAUUUUUAGGAACUACCAAAUAUAAUAUGUAUAUUCAAGAUCCAUUUCAACACAACAAAAAUAUUACAGCCAGAGUUAUUCCAAAAAUAUUCGAGAAAUUUAUUAAAGCUUGUAAAGAUACAAAUUUAAAUGUUCAGAAAAAAGUGGAAUAAAAAUCUUGAGUUAAA